AUGCAAAAAAUUUCUUCAAUCUGCUGGUCCCCUAACUCAAAACGUAUGGCAGUUGCAACAGCUGAUAGAGUAGUCCAUCUCUUUGAUGAGAAUGGAGAAAAAAAGGAUAGAUUUUCAACUAGACCUGCAGACAAGGACAACAAAAGUUACAUUGUGCGCGCCAUGUGCUUCUCUCCUGAUAACCAAAAGCUUGCUAUAGCUUAAUCAGAUAAUAUCGUCUUUAUCUACAAAAUUGGACUUGAAUGGGGUGAGAAGAAAUCAAUCUGCAACAAGUUCAACUAAAAUAGUUCAGUUACUUGUAUGUCUUGGCCUUUUGAGAGACAUAACGAGAUCAUAAUUGGUACUGCUGAAGGUAAAGUCAAGUAAGGUAUUCUCAAGACCAAUAAGAGUGCUCCUUUAUUCGGAAGUGAUAGCUUUGUUGUCUCAGUCUCAUCAUCUCCAAAUGGCCAGAGUGUCUGUUCAGGACAUUUGGAUGGAACAAUCUUGACUUUCAAUCUUGAAACAAAAGCAAAGUCAAAGAUCUAACAUACUACAAUUCCAUAUGCACUUUCAUGGGGUUCUCAUAUCUUAGCUGGUGGUAACGAUGGUAAAAUCCACUUCUAUGAGCCAACUGGUGAUUGUUUCUAAAGAUUCGACUAUUCCAAAGAUGAGAAAGUGAAGGAGUUUACAUGUGCAUAAUUUAAUGCUACUGGUGAAACUGCCAUAGUAGGAAACUUUAAUAGAUUUUACGUGUUUAACUUUAACCAAAAGAGACCACAAUGGGAUGAGAUAUGUUGCAAGGUCAUCGAAAAUUAUUAUUCAGUUACUUCUUGCGCCUGGAAGGCUGAUGGGUCAAAAAUCACUAUCGGCUCACUUUGUGGAUCAGUAGAUGUUUUUGACGUCUGUCUUAAGAAGUCUAAAUACAAAGGUAAAUUUGAGUUCACCUAUGUCUCCCUCUCACAAGUAAUUGUAAAGAGAAUCGAAAAUGGUCAAAGAAUAGUUUUGAAAUCCAAUGCUGGCCAUGAAAUAUCUAAAAUUAAUGUCUACUAGGAUAGAUAUCUUGUUGCUUCAACCAACAGCACUCUACUUCUAGGUGAUAUGGACUCUUGUAAAUUAUCUGAACUUCCAUGGAGAGGUAGUGGCAAUGAGAAAUAUGAUUUUUCAAACCCAAAUAUUUGUAUGGUUUUCAACGCAGGAGAACUCAGUAUUGUAGAAUAUGGAGUUAAUGAGGUCAUUGGAACUUGUAGAACUGAGAAUAUUUAACCAAACAUGAUAUCAGCUAGACUUAACUAUUCAGACUAAUAACUCAGAGGAGGAUAGCCUACUAAAAUUAUCGCAUAUCUUUUAGAUUCGAUGACUAUCUGUAUUCUUGACUUAAGAAACAAUUCUAUUUAAGCAAACAUUAAUCAUGAUUCAAAGAUUGAUUAUCUUGAACUCAACCCUGGUGGAAAUAAGCUCUUAUUCAGAGACAAAAGAAGACAACUUCACUUAUAUAAUAUCAAGGAGCAAAAAAAGCAAACUCUACUUAACUACUGCCAGUAUGUAAGUUGGGUACCAACAUCAGAUGUAGUAGUUGCCUAAAAUAGAGGUAACCUAUGCGUGUGGUAUUCAAUUGAGGAGCCUGAUAAGGUUACUAUGUACCAAAUUAAAGGUGAUGUUGAAAGUAUUCAAAGGACUGAAGGUAAAACAGAAGUGCUAGUUGAUGAUGGUGUCAAUACUAUUUCAUAUGCUCUAGAUGAAGCCCAUAUCGAGUUUGGUGCUGCUCUUGAAUACAAAGGAUUAGAUCAAGCUGUAAAAAUCUUAGAGCCACUAGAAUUAACUCCAGAAACUGAGGCUAACUGGAAAACUCUUGCUAAGCUCUCUAUGGAACAAUAAAAUUUGCUAGUAGCUGAGAGAUGCUACGCUGCUUUGGGCAAUGUUGCAAAGGCUGAUUAUUUGAGGAAAAUUAACAAACUUAUAGCUGCUGAAGGAGUAAGUAAUUUCAGAGUUUAAGCUAGACUCUCUGUUCUUGAUAAGUAAUUCCACAGAGCUGAAGCUAUCUUAUUAUAAAACGACGAAGUUGAUGAGGCUAUGGCUAUGUAUUAAGAACUUCAUAGAUGGGAUGAAUCAAUCAAGAUCGCUGAAAAGAAAAAUCAUCCAGACGUUAGAGAAUUCAAAGAAAAUUACUUUGGAUGGCUUAUUGAUACAAAUUAAGAGGCAAAAGCUGCUGAAGUCAAAGAAAGAGAAGGAGAUUUCCACACUGCUAUUACUCUUUACUUGAAAGGUGGACUUCCAGCUAAAGCUGCCAAUAUUGUUACAAACUACAAUGUUGGAGUUCCUCAUGACUAGCUCGAGAAGAUAUCUGCUUAGCUUAUAUCAGCAAGUAUGUUUGAGAAGGCUGGUGAUUUCUUUGAGAGACUUAACAUUCUUGACAGAGCACUUGACUGUUAUGUUAGAGGUCAUGCUUUUAGAAAAGCUGUUGAUUUGGCAAGAAGAGCAUUUCCAGCUCAUGUAGUUACUCUUGAGGAAGAAUGGGGAGAUUGGUUAUAAUCCUAAAAAUAACUUGAUCUUGCAAUAGAGCAUUUCGUCCAAGCAGGAAUUUUCAACAAAGCUAUCGAAGCUGCUAUAAGCGCUAGAAAAUGGAAUAGAGCUGUUUAAUUGAUACAAAAUCAACCACCUGAAAUAUCAAGACCCUAUUACAAGCAAAUAGCUAAGCAUUACGCUGAAAUUAGACAACUUGAUUUAGCUGAAAAAUACUUUAUCAGUGCAGGGGAAUUUGUAGAAGCUUUUGAAAUGUAUGUUAGAUCAAACAAAUGGGAUCAAGCUUAUUAAGUUAUCAGCAGAUACUUACCAGAGAGUGAAUACACUAUGCUUUAUGUAUAAGAAGCUAGAAAAUUUGAAAGCGAGGGUCAUUUCAAAGAUGCUGAGAAAAUGUAUCUGUCUGCUAAUGAGCCUGAUCUUGCUAUUAAUAUGUAUAAAAAGGCUAAGCAAUACGAUAACAUGAUCAGAUUAGUUAUGAAAUUCAGAAAAGAUCUACUCAAAGAUACCCAUUAACAUCUCGCUUAAUAACUAGAAAUGGAGGGAAAUUUGAAAUAAGCCGAGCAGCAUUACAUUGAGAGUGGAGCUUGGAGCUUUGCAGUUGAUAUGUACAGAGCUCAUGAUAUGUGGGAAGAAGCUCUUAGAGUAGCCAAGGCUAAUGGAACCUCAAAAGAACUUGGAGAAAUUGCUAUUAAAGUAGCAGAAAAUAUGGGGGCUGAGAAAGGUACUCAGUUCCUAUUGAAAAAUGGACUAAUUGAGGCUGCAAUUGAUUUUGAGGCUAAUCAAGAUCAUUUUGAGCAAGCAUUCUCAUUGGCCAAUUCGCAUGCUAAAUACAAGUUACCAGAGGUUCACUUGAAAUAUGCACUUCAUUUAGAAGAUGAAAAUAGAUUAAAAGAAGCUGAAGAAGAAUUCAUCAAGGCAAACAAACCCUAAGAAGCCAUUAAUAUGUACGAACACAAGCAAGACUGGCACUCUGCAUUGUCAGUUGCCAGACAAUUCCAUCCUGAAAGUGUUUCUAAGGUCUUCAUUAACCAAGCUAAAUUUCUCCUUGAUAGAAAAGAUUUCGGAAAAGCUGAAUAAUGCUACCUAAAUGCUAAAGAACCAGAGCUUGCUAUUAGAAUGUAUCUUGAAGUAAAGCUAUCAUCUGAGGCUCUAAGAGUUGCUCAAAAGCAUGCUCCACAUAUGGUUCAUCAAAUCAACUAAAUUUUGUCAUCAGGUCCCCAAGCUGCACUUUAAAGUGGAGAUUAGAUUUUGGAAUCUGCCAAGAUGUGGGAAAACCAAAGAGAUUAUCAAAAAGCUAUAGACAGAUAUCUUGAGAUUACUGAAUAGCAUUUCUAGAAUCCAGCUCACCUUGAAGAAAUUUGGGUGAAUGCUUUUAACAUUGCUAUGAGCUAUGCUAAAGAUAGAGUACAAGAAGUAGUUUCUAUAGUUGGGUCAAGACUUUUGGCAAUAGGAAGAUUUGAAUCUGCUGGAGAAAUUUUAGAGUCAGUUGGUUACUAUGAGAAAGCAGUUGAGGCUUACUCCAAAGCCAAAAAAUUCAGCAGAGCUCUCUCAGCUGCUCAUUAAGUUAGACCUAUAGAGUUAAGGGACAUGAUGAUUUAACAAAUCUAACUUCAAUAGCAAGCUAAGGACAUUGAAGGAGGUCAUUAUCACAAACUCGGAGAUUAGGGUCUUGAAAUGCUUGCUCAAAAGGGACAGUGGGAGGAAUGCUUAAACUUAGCAGAGAAAUCUGGACCUGAAGUAUUAAAUAACUAUUUGAUGAGAUUCUCAAGAAUUUACCUUAAGGAAGGCCAAUACAAGGAGACUGCUCGAGUUUUAACAAGAUACGGCUGCCCAGUUAUAAAGGAUAUGCUACCUGUAUACAAGACAAUCGCUCUUGAAAUUCUUGCUACUGUUCAUGAAAUGGAACUUUAAAUAUUGAAGGAAAUGUUAUAGAAAUUCUGUGAAAAUCUAUCACUUCAAGUUGAUGAGAAAAACGCAAUUUUCCAAGAGUUUAACAAAUACCUCUUAAUCUCUCAUUAUUAACUAUUAAAGGGAGAAUGUGCUAGAAACAAUCUUGGUAGAGUUUUAUCUAAAUUAUGCACCUCACUGCUAAGAUAUACCAAAGAAAUAAGAGCGGAUAAGGCAUUCUUGGAUGCUGGAGAGGCAAACAAGAGAGAAGGAGUUAAUAACAUGGCAUUCAUGUUCUUUAACAGAUAUCUCGAUCUUUAUGAAGCUAUUGAGGAUCCAGACAGUGGUGGUAUUUAAGAUAAUUCUGAUUUCUAGGAUACAGAUAUUCCAUCGCCAUUUGAAAUCCCAUUACCAGAUAAGAAUUUGAUUAGUCCUGAUGACAGAGACAACAUCAGAGAUUGGGUGUUGAACAUCAACAUGAGCAACACUGUUGAUAAAUCACUUGGCAUGAGAAACUGCGAGUCUUGUGGCAAUGAAGUCUACGAAGCAAGUUUAUUCUGUCCUCACUGCAGAGCAACUCACGAACCAUGCAUAAUCACUGGAUACCCAUUGAUAAGAUCACAAAUGAUUACCUGCAAGUUCUGUAACAAAGGUGCUAUCAGAGACUUCUGGAAUGACUAUAUAUAGGUCACUAUGCACUGCCCUUGGUGCAAGAGUAUGCAAACAGCUUAUUGA